AUCAACACCAUUCCAGAAUAUUGCAGGUUCUCUCUAACCAAUUGUAAUAGCAAUGGCCACAAAAGAGCCUACAGAACUCAGAAACGAGACAAACGAGUUCGACUUCCAGAAAUCAUCAGUAUUUGAACAGCAUUACCCCUUUUUGAAAAAGGUGGUGGCAGAGAUUAUAGCAACGUUUCUGUUGGUGUUUGUGACAUGUGGUUCAGCUGCUCUUUCAGCUAGCGAUGAACACAAGGUCUCAAAGCUUGGAGCUUCCAUAGUCGGUGGGCUCAUAGUAACGGCCAUGAUCUAUGCCGUUGGCCACAUCUCCGGCGCACACAUGAACCCGGCUGUCACUCUAGCUUUUUCUGCGGUGAGGCAUUUUCCAUGGAAACAGGUACCAAUUUAUGCAGUCGCACAACUAACAGGAUCAAUAUCAGCCUCUUUUACUCUGUCUAUACUAUUGCAUCCCAUUAAGCAUGUGGGAACUACAUCACCUUCUGGAUCAGAUAUUCAAGCUCUAAUCGUAGAGAUAGUCAUGACAUUUUGCAUGAUGUUCAUCACUUCUGCCGUCGCCACAGAUACUAAAGCUAUUGGGGAGCUAGCAGGUAUAGCAGUUGGCUCUGCAGUAUGCAUAACAUCAAUUUUUGCAGGACCAAUAUCAGGUGGCUCCAUGAACCCAGCCAGAACACUAGGACCUGCACUUGCUAGUUCAUACUACAAGGGAAUUUGGGUCUAUGUGGUUGGACCUGUUACAGGAACCCUACUAGGGGCAUGGAGUUACAACUUCAUUCGGGUCACUGACAAGCCGAUCCAGGCCAUAUCACCGCGCUCGUUUUCAUUAAAGCUAAGGAGAAUGAAAAGCGACAAUGAAAGGCAGGUUGUUACCUGCACAAACCCUCACGAUUCAGCUUGA